GAUGGGUUUUGUUCGAUAGAAAUCGUUCGAUGUUAGAGUAAAGGCGCCUCAAAUAACUUUGCAAAUGUAAAGAAUGUCAAGCUAGUACCGUUAAUAUGGCACACUUCGAUAGCGCUGCUGUCGUCAAUAGCUAGCAGGAAGUUAAUGCAUUAAAUGUAGUUCAAUUUGAACAAUUUAAUGUUAAACUAUUAACAUGAAGUGGUUCCAACUGACAGUGUUUUGUUUUAUUGUCUGUGUGAUGAAGUGCUCUGGUAUGUCAAAAUCGGAACUCGAAGAUUUCGCCGAUCAUCUAGAGAAGACAUCGAAGUUGGAUGUUAUAUUACUAAAAGGCAAUCCCGACUACGAUUACGACGAAGAUGAAAAGUUCUCAGACUAUGCUUGGGAGGAUAGCGGGAAGUUUGAAGGUGACAUCAUUUUAAAUGACCGGCAAAGAAAAUUGCUAGUUGAAGACGUGACAGAGGGUCUCGCCAGGAAUGGUCUCCGAGACAGCACUAAGAGAUGGCCGAACAAUGAAGUCGUCUAUUACAUUCAGAAAGAACAUUUCAAUAGUGACCAAGUGCAAGCUAUUAUGGGUGGCAUAGAAGAUCUUGCGCAGGUGUCCUGUAUAAAAUUUAGACCAUACCAAAAAGGAGAUCGUGCUGCUGUUGUCAUACAGGGCAGCAGACGUGGAUGUUUCUCCCAAGUAGGCUACCAAGGCGGGUACCAAGUGUUAAACCUUUCCCGUCGUCACCCCGUUGGCCGAGGCUGCUUUCGACAUGGAACUGUGGUCCAUGAGCUGCUGCACAGUCUUGGCUUCUACCACAUGCAGAGCAGCCCUGACAGAGAUGACUAUAUCAAUGUGUUGUGGGAAAAUAUUAUUGAACCGGCAAGACACAACUUCCGUAAAUACAACUCGUUCUCGGUGUCGGACUUCGGCGUGGGCUACGACUAUGACAGCGUUCUGCAUUACAGUCGCCGCGCUUUCUCUGUCAAUGGAAAGGACACACUUGUUCCUAAACAGAGCGGGGUCUCUAUCGGGCAAAGAAGUGGUCUGUCAGACAAGGACGCCAAAAAACUGAACAAAAUGUAUUGCGAUGCUGAUUCCAGUGAUAUUCGCUCAGCCGAUGAAAAUGAAAAACAAAAAUCAACAAAGGAGAAAGAAAGUGAAAAGCCUAAAAGCAUGCCUUUUCAGGGCCAUGGAAUAGGAUACCAUCAAGGUAAAACUGUGGCUAUAAAAGUGAACCCUGAACCUAAAACUUAUAAAAUAACAAGCACCAUACCAAGAUAUCAUGUUUUUGAUCAUUUUAGUACACCGCCACCAGCCUUGUCGCCAAAAACCUUUUUUGAAGAAACUGGAACUGCCAAAGAAAUAAAUUAUGACUACGCAACACCGAAUUAUAAAACUGACUUCUCGUCGUACGAUAAUAACAAUAAUACAGGAGAAAAACCAACCAAUUAUAUUAACAAUAACCUAGAUAAGCCUCUUAAUAGUCCAACACUCAACAACGAUGUUAAAACUAAUAACAAAACACAAACAGAAAGCUCUGAUAUAUCUAAUGAAGAAGAAGAAGAAGAAGAAGAAGAAGAAGAAGAAGAAGAAGAAGAAGAUAAUACUACUGAAGUUGUUGACACAGUUAAUGACGCUAUUGACAGACUGGUAAAAAUAAUGCCGCCGACAACAUUUUUUGAAGAAACUGGAACUGCCAAAGAAAUAAACUAUGAGUACACAACACCUAAUUAUAACACUGAGUUCUCGUCGUACGAUAAUAACAAUUCUACAGGAGAAAAAUCAACCAAUUAUAUUAACAAUGACCUAAAUAAGCCACUUAAUAGCCCAACACCCAACAACGAUGUUAAAACGAAUGAAAAAAAAAUUCAAAUAGAAAAUUUGGAUGAAUCUAAUGAAGAAGAAGAAGAUAAUGCUACUGAAGUUGUUGACACAGUUAACGAAGCUAUUGACAGACUGGGAAAAAUAAUCAAAACUCAUGUAUAUCCAUCACAAACACCUGAUUUGGAUGUUUAUAAGAUUAAACCAUAUGAUUCUGAAAUCGUUGCUCCGAUGACAAAACAUGAACCAGAUUCCGAAAUAGCAGAAGUGGAUAAAGUUUUUAGUACAAAACCGUCAUUCCUUAAAUCAGUUGCCCCUGAACCAAAUAUCGAUAUAAAAGCCUCAUCACCUGAUGAAGAACUGAACCUAAAAAUUGAAAAAGAAAAUAAAUCAGAUAUACAAUACAAAAAUAAAAUAAAUUUCCCGAAUUAUGAUAAAGAUACUUCGGAUUUCUCUGAUUAUAACAAAGACACGUAUAAAAAAAAACGUAUUUCAAGUUCUCCAAAUCAUAAAGAAGAACAAGAACAAUUGCCAAAGCAGGAAUACAGCAUCUAUAAAUACGGAUAUCCGUUGUUUAUGAAUUAUUUACGUUAUAAACCGCAACCGUAUUACAACGACAAAUUAUAUUCGAAAAAGAUAGAUUUUCCGUACAAAUCCAAUUCAGGGUUGUAUAAUAAAUUCAAUGACAGUGACGAAAAUGAUUUCGAAAAUAUAUAUACAGGUAGUAUAGAGUUUGAAGAUGUGACAAAAGACAAUCAGAAGGAAGAAAUUGAAACUGUUGAGGAACCGACUUCUGAAGAAGUAGAAUCAUCCGACAGGACGACGUACCCGCAGCAUAUACUAAAUAAAGUAAAAGAGGAGGUAAUCGAGACGCCACAUUUCGAUACUUUGAAGUCGUUAGAAUAUCCUGAAAAUGAGGAUGCUAAUUUUACAAAAAGCGACGUAGAGUUAUUGGGGCAUACAGUACCGCUGCAAAAUAAAUGGUACAAAGAAGAAGAAAAUGAAAACGUCAAUAAUAAAUACAACAACACAUCUUACACACAAUCGGUGCCGAAUGAAGAAAAAGAUAGUUUAUUACAAAGGCUACAAUUAAUUGCAGACCAUAAAACGAUUGAAAUUCUUGGUAAGUUACCUGGUGACAAAGACGUCUAUCAUUUAUUUGGAGUACUUGUUCCAGUAAAACGAGAAGGUGCUUUUUCAAUACAACAAAAAUCGAGCAAAGAUAAUACGUAA